AUGAUCAUUUUCAAGGAUAUCAGCAACGGCUCUGAGCUGCUCUCCGACUCCUUCCCCCUCAAGGAGAUCGAUGGCAUCCUCUACGAGGCCGACUGUGCCAUGAUCCAGGUCGGUGGUGAGAGCUUCGACACCGGUGCCAACGCUUCCGCCGAGGAGGCUGGCGAGGACGUCGAGGACGGUGUCCAGAAGGUCAACAACAUCAUCCACACCUUCCAGCUCCAGGAGAUCCCCCUUGGCAAGGCCGACUACAAGAACCACGUCAAGUCGUUCAUCAAGAAGGUCAAGAAGCACAUGGACGAGACCGGCGCCUCGGAUGCCGAGAAGGAUGCCUUCAAGACCAAGGGCCAGGCUUUCAUCAUGAAGGUCCUCAAGAACUUUGACGACUACGAGUGCUACGUUGGUGAGGCCGGUCCUACUGAGGAUGAUGACCAACAGGUUGUCCUCCUCAACUACCGUGAGGACGGUACCACCCCUUACUUCACCUUCUGGAAGCACGGUCUGAGCGAGAUGAAGGUCUAA